AUGAUCAAACUCGUAUUCCUUUUCGCGAUUCUGUCGCUGGUGAAAAGUGGACAGACCCAAAUUGCUUUUACCAAUCAGCCUUGCUCGGUUCGAGUUCCAAAAAUCGUGGGUGGCAGCGAGGCAGAACGCAACGAAAUGCCCUUUAUGGUUAGUCUUAUGCGUCGUGGUGGCCACUUUUGUGGCGGCACAAUCAUCUCGGAGCGAUGGAUCCUCACGGCGGGUCACUGCGUCUGCAAUGGGUUGCAGCAGUUCAUGAAGCCGGCCCAAAUCCAAGGCGUUGUGGGUCUCCACAGCAUCAAAGAGUAUCUCAACGGGAUUGGAAAUGGUCCGGAUGCACUGAGAGUGGACUUCAAGAACAUUGUGCCCCACCCCCAAUACGAAUGCAGUGACGUGAAACAUGAUAUAGCCCUCCUGGAACUGGUCCAGCCAAUCAGCUUCUCCGCUCACAUCCAGCCCAGCUGCGUGGGAUCCGACAAAGGGCACCGAAGCCUGGAGCAGGAGUUUGGCACGGUUUCCGGUUGGGGCUGGACGCACGAGAACCAAGCGGAGAACGAUCGGUCCGACGUUCUGCGUAAAGCCACCGUUAAGAUCUGGAACAACGAGGCGUGCGAGAAGUCAUACAAGUCGUUGGGAAAGAGUAACAAAAUUGGGGAGACACAGCUGUGCGCCGGUUACGAAAACGGUCAAAUUGAUUCGUGUUGGGCGGAUUCCGGCGGACCACUGAUGUCCAAGGAGCAUCAUCUGGUGGGCGUGGUGUCCACUGGAAUCGGUUGUGCUCGUCCUGGUUUGCCGGGAAUCUAUACGCGCGUCAGUAAAUACGUGACUUGGAUGCAGCAGGUGAUAGGGGGCAGGAAAUAGUUGUUGGCAACUGCAGUUGAUUAAUUGUGAUUAAUCUGUGAUAUUAGAAUUAAAAAGAUGAUGUUUUGUUAACAAUAAACGUUUUUUUAAUGUGUGA